UCAAUAAAAUGUCAUAUUUUUCACAUCAUCGAUAUCAUGAAGAUCUUGGCAACUUGAAACUGAUUUAAAAUGCUGUCUGUCAAUCAAUUACAAUCAACUUUAUUAAGGAUUAGUAUAUCUUAUCGAGGUGAGGAUUUCAAGAACCAUAAAGAGGAAGAUUAAGUGGUUGAGUCAAUGGUGUUUGUUUACCUAUUUAGUGACUGGAUUUGCUGCUUAUGUAAUAAUUUAUUCCCGUUUUUUUUCUGAUGACAUGUUUUCACAUUGAACAUAACAUGAGCAUCUCGUGAAGAUGGAUAAUCCUGAUAAUAAAUAAAGUAAUUGGCUGAUAAAGAUGCAGAUGAUUAAAGAUGAAACUUUAAUGGGAUAAACAAUGUAAAAGCAACAUUUGGAUUCAGCGACUGGAUUGAGCAAUUUGAUGAAAAAAUUUUUAUCAACAUUGAAUUAUUUUGAAAUUUUUACCCAACUUUCAUACGGUUGAAUCUGGAUAUCAAUAAAUGGUUGAUAAAUGAUAUAUUUAGCUUCAUCAUCAUCAUGUUUUAUCCUCAAAUUGAACAUAUUCAUAAAGGAAAAAGAGUCAACCAUUUGCCAUAAGAAACAAGUUUAAAGUGAAGCUAUUUUUAAUGGUAAAAAUGAAGAGAUGGGUCUGAAGGUAGGUCAAUCACUAUUGACUAACCAAUAACAGGUUCUCAAUUAACGGUUAUCAUCAGUCCAGUUUCCUCUUCUCACUCUUUAUCAUCUUAAAUGAUCAUCGUUGGAAUCAAUGUUGGUCAAUGAACUAACGCUAUUCUCAUCUUAUUAGAUGUAAGUUGUUGUUGAUGUUGAUGUUGCUGGUUCUGGUGCUGGUGCUGGUAAUGGUAAUGAUAAUUAUUGCUUCCUAUUUCUUGUCCUUUUAAAAAUCAGUUUACCUGCAAGAAAAACCUGAACCCUCACGUGAUUCCAAUGAUCAAGAUAAAUGAAUAUAAUAGUGAUCAAAUAGACAGUGUGAUUAGAAAGAGAAGAUGAAAAUGGACUCAACCAUUCCAACCUGUUAAUAGAGAACACCAAAUUUAAGAUUUUUUUUACUGUUGUUACAAUUGUGCUUUUCUUCAAUCUAUUUAUCAAUUUUAAUACACUUUUCAACAUCAUCAUCAUCAUCGUCAUCUUCAUUUUCAUCAUCAGACAUCAAAAAUUGUCCAAUAAACAAAUAAACAUCGUUGUAUUGUUUACCGUUUUUUUGUUGGCUUGCUGCUCUGUGAUUGCUGUUGACAUGCUUUGCUAACAUUUACUUGUAACGCUUUUAAUCAGUUUCAAUUUAAUUGUUUUAUCCCUUGGAUAUUAAUUGUUAUCUAAUCUAAUCCUGUGACUCUGUGAAUUAAUAAAAUCAUCAAUAAUGUCUUUAGCUACCUCGCCAAAAAAUGAUAUCAAUUUUUUUGCCAAAACAUUGCUUGCUGGAGGUGUCGCUGGGAUGACAUCAAAAACAGCGGUUGCCCCAUUGGACAGGAUCAAGAUAUUGCUUCAAGCUCAUAAUACUCAUUACAAAGAUCACGGAGUAUUCAGUGGGCUUAGAGGUAUCGUUGAAAAGGAGCGCUUAUUAGGACUUUAUCGCGGCAAUGGAGCUCAAAUGGUUCGGAUAUUUCCCUAUGCAGCUGUUCAAUUUUUAUCAUUUGAAAUUUACAAAAAGCAUUUAAGCCAAAUGUUUGGUGUUGGUCAUAGCAUUAAAUUUUUUGCUGGUUCAAUGGCCGGUGUUACUGCUGUGAUGACAACUUAUCCACUAGACUUGGUUAGAGCUCGAUUGGCUUUUACUGUUACACUUUCUACACCUGAUACUGGAAUCAAGGGAGCCGCUCAAGCUACUGGCAUUGAAAGAUUCAGAAUAAUUGCUACAAUGAAUGAAGUUUUACGCCAUGAAGGUGGCUUCAGAGCUCUAUACAAAGGAUUAAGUCCAACUAUUCUCGCAAUGGUUCCUCAUGCUGGUUUAUCAUUUUAUUCAUUCGAAAGACUUAAACACUUCGCGCUUCAAUAUUUUCCCGAAUUUUCUUCUAAUCAACAAAAGGAUCGCCUUGUCCUAAAUUUUCCUGCUAAGCUCAUUUGUGGAGGAAUCUCAGGUGCCAUUGCCCAACCAUUUUCAUAUCCAUUGGAUGUCGCCCGACGUAGGAUGCAGUUAAGCAUGUUAAACCCUGAAACGUAUAAAUACAGUAAAAAUCUUAUUACUACUUUAAUGAUUACAUAUCGUGAACAUGGAAUCUAUUCUGGUCUUUAUCGUGGUAUGAGCAUAAAUUACAUUCGAGCAGUACCAAUGGUUGCCGUAUCAUUCACUGCUUAUGAAGUAAUGAAACAACUCCUUGGUUUGGAUACAAGUGUUGACGGUUAACCAACAUUUAACGAACUGUCUUUUCCUGCAAUAUUCAAUACUCAAUUGUUAUAAUAAUUAAUCGCAAAUUUGCAAAAUUUAUAAAUCAGAUGGUUUUCUUGUCUAUCUUGUUCACUGGCCCAAAUUUUUGCUCAUAGAAAGUGUAAUUAUUAAUGUAAUACAAUACAAUUUUUAUCAACUUUUGUAAGCUUUAUGCAUUUCUAAUGUUUUUAUGUCGAUUGUUGUUUUUACCCUAUUUUUUGUAAAUUAAAUUGAAUGCAUAAGCUUUAGUUUAUGAAUACAUUCUUACCAA